UCAAAACUUUAUAAUGCUACAACUGAAAAUUAUAAUUGAAACUAUUAUUUAUAAAUUGUAGCAAUUUAAGAGACUGGGCUUUAGUUUUGGUUUACCUUUGUUUGACUUUCUUUUUGUGACCCGGAAGUAAGCAGAACAAGGCCGCGCUAGCAGGCUAGCUGCGUUAGCUUGUGUUGAGACGACGGCGGUGUUUUGUUCGGACGUUUGUGAGGUUUCUACAGAGAUGUACAAAUACGUGGUUCGAUUUAUGAUAAUCAUCUUUAGCUAAAGUGUCGUAAAUGAGUGAAUACGUGUUAAACGUAACAACAACGUGGCUGUGAUUGUGAGACUAGCAGAUGAUCGGAGCUGCUGCUGUUCAGAGGACUUUGGUGUUUGUUGGAGCUGAAGAUCUUUUGCAGCUGCAGGAACCAUGUCUUCAUUUGCUCGGAAAGAGUCUGUCACAGAACAAAUUUCUGCAGCUAAUAAAGACUCCGUCAGACUCUGUGAAGGAACCAUCGUCCAGAAUGAGAAUGAGGAGCUCUGUGGUCAGCGCAGACCGCUGGAUAUCACCUGGAACCCGCAGCUUCAGCUCCACGUUGCAGUCCUUCCCCAGCAUUGGAUGACUGAAGAGGAGGAUCUCAGCAACCAGCAGAGGGACUUCAGAGAGGAACAGAAGAAUCCAGAACCUCCAUAUUAUAAAGAGGAGCAGAAGGAACCAGAACCUCCAUAUUAUAAAGAGGAGACGGAGGAACCAGAACCUCCAUAUUAUAAAGAGGAGACGGAGGAACAAGAACGUCCACAAAUUGGAGAGGAACAGGGAGUACCAGAACCUUCACUGAUUAAAGAUGAGCCAGAGGACUUCUUCAUCAGUCAGGAUGAAGAGCAGCUUGAGCUGAAGCAGGAGACUGAUACCUUACUGGGGAUUCCUACUUAUGAGGAAAAUGAUCACAGUGAAACAGAUCUUAACAAACAGCAGAGAUUUAAUGUAACAGACAGUCGGAAGGAAAAAGGAAACCAACAUGAAGAACCAACAUCAUCUACAGCUGGACAGACAGACCCACAGAACAGAGAUCAGAAGAACAGAAGAGACAUAAAUCCUUUCCACAAUGUGGACAGCUCUCACACGUUACCAAGUCGAUGUGAUAAAAGUUUUAGUCAUGCAACUAGUCUCAAAGCACACAAGAGAAUUCAUUCAGGAGAGAAGUCUUAUUCUUGUAAAGAAUGUGAAAAAAGUUUUAUGAAAAUCGGUAAUCUAAAAAGACACAUGAAAACUCACACAGAAGAAAAGCCUUUUUCUUGUAAAGAAUGUGGUGCAAAUUUUAGUCAGACAUCUAGUCUCAAAGCACACAUGACAGUUCAUUCAGGAGAGAAGUCUUAUUCUUGUAAAGAAUGUGAAAAAAGUUUUAGGACAAACGGUAAUCUAAAAAAACACAUGAAAAUUCACACAGGAGAAAAGCCUUUUUUGUGUCAAGAAUGUGAUAAAUGUUUUAGUUGUUUAUCCAGUCUGAAAUCACACAUGUUUACUCACGUACAAGAAAAGCCUUUUCCUUGUCAAGAAUGUGAUGCAAGUUUUGGUCAUAUGUCUAGUCUCAAAACACACAUGAGAAUCCACACCGGAGAAAAGCCCUUUUCUUGUAAAGAAUGUGAUAGAAGUUUCAAUCAAACAUGCCAACUCAAAACCCACAUGAGAACUCACACAGGAGAGAAGCCUUUUUCUUGUAAAGAAUGUGAUAGAAGUUUUAGUCGUAUAGCUAAUCUCAAAUCACACAUGUCAACUCACACAGGAGAAAAGCCUUUUUCUUGUAACGAAUGUGAAACAAGUUUUAGUCGUAUAGCUAAUCUCAAAUCACAUAUGUUAACUCACACAGGAGAAAAGCCCUUUUCUUGUACAGAAUGUGAUAAAAGGUAUAGACAUGUAAAUAGUCUCAGAGAACACAUGAAAACUCAUACAGGAGAGAAUCCUUUUACUUGUGAAGAAUGUGGUACACGUUUUGGCUAUAUAUCUUAUCUGAAAGCACACAUGAGAACUCAUACAGGAGAAAAGCCCUUUUCUUGUGAAGAAUGUGAUGCAAGUUUUAAUCAUGUGUGUAGUCUCAAAGCACACAUGAAAACUCACACAGGGGAUAAGCAUUUUUCUUGUGAUUAAUGUGAAAAUAUUAGUAUAGAGUCUCUAAUGAAAACUCACACGACUAAAGUUUUUUUUUCUUGUCAGGGUAGUAAAUGAUUUAGUGUAAACUCUAAAUCCUAAAAUUCUUAUCAAAUGUUGACCUCUAAAGGAUGGUCUCCAUACCACAAAUAUGCACUAAUUUUAUUAGAGGGAGGUACGAGUGAGUAUUGAAUGUGUAGAAGGGAUUUUUUCUAAAGAUUUGUUUGAUAUAACUUUCUGGGACAGUUUAUUUUAGGUUUUUAUAAUUUCCAAGGUACAAUAAGAAAAAAAUAAAUAAAGUAAUACAUUUCAAUCCAUGUGUAAAGAUGCUAGAUAGUGAACUUUACUGCUGACAGAAUAUGUUUAACAUUUUUACAGAAUGAAUGAUGUUAGAAGUAUCUGUAAAUAUAAAUGUGUUGUUUUGAAUUAUAACUAUAUCUUGAACGACUUCA